CCACGCCUGGCUUCCUUUUCCCUUUUUGGUUUCCUUUUUCUCUCAAACGCUAUAAAUCCACAUUCAAUUCUACGUUGAAAAGAACAAUCUGUUCUUUAUCUGCAACCAUUCCAAGAGAUAAAAAAAGGGAGAAAAACUGUAAAAAAAAAAAACCCGGAAAAAAGUAGCUGAAUUUCUGAAAGUGUCAUCAAUGGCCGGCGCUGAUAGAAAUGAUGCAGGGAUGAGCUCUGGCAAUUCCAAUUUCUUGAUUGUGAGCCAUGAAAAUGGUGGAAUUUGGGAUUUGUUCAAGUUCUUGGUGUAUAAUGAUCAAGAAAGUGGUGGGAAGUUUCUGGAGAGCGACCACGGCAAUGGGAUAUUAGAAGAAAAGCUUGCAGGAGACGACAAUGGUGGGGAGGUGGGGCCCGACCGCAGGUGGGUGAUAGUUGUUUCUAUCAUCGUGAGGAAAAUUAUUAAGGUUUUGGGUAAGCCCAUGGAGGGUUUUGGUUGUCUUAUCGAGUUUAUGCUGAAUCUUUUGUCUCUCAAUGGCAACUUUCUUGGUUUGCUGUCCAGAUUUAUUCAUGGAAAUGUGGUGAUACCAAAAAGAGGCUCCGAAACGUUCAUAAGUGCAAUUGGACAUUUAGAUGGACGCAUAGACCUGUUCAAAACCGAGACUUUCUCCGAAGAAAUUAGCCAUGAUGAUUUUAAGGGGAACAAAUUGCCAGUGGAGAUUGGAAAUCGGGCUCUAAUGGACAUGUGCAUGAUGGCUUCCAAACUAGCCUACGAGAAUGAUAAGGUUGUCAAAAACAUCGUAGAUCUUCAUUGGAAGAUGCAUUUUGUGGACUUCUACAAUUGUUGGAAUGAUUAUCAGAAAGAGAACUCUACCCAAGUUUUCAUAAUGUGCGACAAGCCAAAAGACGCAAACUUGAUACUCAUUAGCUUCCGGGGCACUGAACCGUUUGAUGCCGAAGAUUGGAUCACGGAUUUCGACUACUCGUGGUACGAAAUCCCGAAACUCGGGAAAGUACACAUGGGAUUUCUCGAGGCCUUAGGUUUAGGCAACAGAGUUGAAGCCUCCACGUUUUAUGCAAAUCUUCAAGCCAAACCUUCCAAAUUAAAUGGUUUUAGUUUUAACCAAUCAGAGAAGGAAGAACUUAUACCUAUGGGAAAGAGAACCGCAUAUUAUGCCGUACGAGGAAAGCUCGAGGAUUUGCUCGAAGAGCACGAGAAUGCAAAGUUUGUGGUGACGGGGCAUAGUCUUGGCGGGGCCCUCGCCAUAUUAUUCGCGACUGUGUUAGUGCUGCACGAGGAAGAGGAGAUUAUGAAGAAGUUGUUGGGGAUUUACACUUUCGGGCAGCCUAGGAUUGGUAAUCGACAGCUGGGGACUUAUAUGCAAGCCCGUCUCGAAAAGCCCGAGUCGAAGUAUUUUAGAGUCGUUUACUGCAAUGAUCUUGUCCCGAGAUUGCCUUAUGAUAAUAAAACCUUCUUGUACAAGCAUUUUGGGGAGUGCUUAUACUUCAACAGCCUAUAUGUUGAGAAAAAUGUGAAGGAAGAGCCCAACAAGAAUUACUUUGGGUGGCGAUUUCUGGUUCCUGAGUACUUAAAUGCUGGUUGGGAAUUGGUGAGGAGUUUUAUGAUGGGUUAUAUAUACGGGCCGGGUUAUAAAGAGGGCUGGGAAUCUGUUAUGCUGAGGUUUGUAGGAUUAGCAAUCCCGGGCCUUUCGGAUCACAGCCCGGUUGAUUAUGUGAACUCUGUUAUCAAAAUCGCGACUUUGAGUCGUAGAAUCGCCGAUUCCACGACUCAAAGUCACAAAAUCGAUUCUAAGUCGCUCAAAAUCGCAAAGGAACGUAGAGUCGUUGCAGAAUCGCCUCCGACAGUCCGAACUCUGACGUUAAAAUGGCUCGGCCUCAACGCUUGCGUCUUCUUCGUCGGAGCAGACUUCUCAGCAAUUAAGCUUCAUCGCUUUGUUGUUCUCCCGUUUAGAGGUUGGAAGACGAAGAACCAAAGAAGAGGAAUGAGGGCGAGCAGAUCUGCUCUUGGAAGACGAAGAACCGAAGAAAAGGAAUGA